AGAGACACAAGCUGAUGCAGAGACGAUGGAGAGAACAGAGACAUCAUUUGAUGAGACGAUGGCUCAGAAAAACCUUAAGUGUCCAUUUCCUCCUAGCUUCCAACGUCCGUCCCCCGUCAGAUCUUCUGCUCUUCCUCAGAUUUUGCAGUCUGUGGAGGAACCAGAAGUUGAUACGGAGACAAUGGAGAGAACAGAGACACCAUUUGAAGAGACAAUGGUUCAGGAAGACCACCAAAGUCCAUUUCCUCAUGCCUUCCAUCAUCCAUCCCCCGUCAGAUCUUCUGCUCUUCCUCAGAUUUUGCAGUCUGUGGAGGAACCAGAAGUUGAUACAGAGACAAUGGAGAGAACAGAGACACCUUUUGAAGAGACAAUGGUUCAGGAAGACCACCAAAGUCCAUUUCCUCAUAGCUUCCGUCCUCCAUCCCUUGUCAGAUCUUUUGCUCUUUCUCAGAUUUCACAGUCUGUAGAGGAGACAAAAGUUUGUGCUAUGUCAGCGGUAGAACGUCAAAGUCUGUCUUCUGUCCACACCCAUCCUUCCUCGUCUGUAAAACUGCCCAAAAUUCAGACUCAAGCAAAGCCGUCACUUCAGAAGUCUGAGAAACCUGAGACUCACAAAUAUGAUUCCGCAGUCUCGGGCAGCAUUGAGGAGCAGUACAUGAAGAACAGCGAGGAGGACGGAGACAAACUGCUUCAUGCUAGCAUGAAAGACCCAUCGUUCAUAAUUGACAUCAAAGCUCAAGAAAACAACCUCCAGCAGCUGGAUCGAGCUUUUCAAAAUAACAACAUUUCCUCUGAAAUGUACAACCUGUGCAGAGGAACCGUCAAUCAGACACUUAAGAGUGUUGAGCUGCGUCUUGGAUGUCUUUUACGGAGAUACAUCAAACAUGUCCAAAUGAAGCAAUUAAGGAAGACGCUCGAUGGAAAUUUCAAGGCCACCAGAAAUUUAAGGGAUGGACUGGAGUUCAAAAAAGUCCAUUCUCAGCUCUGCAAGUUUGACCAUUUCCAGCAGAGUGUGAACAAAAUCUGGGACGCCAAGCAAGCCUCCACUGAUGAGACGCGAGAACUCUGCAUCGCACGGACGGCCCAUUUAUACCAGCAGGUGAACGCGGUGCAUGGCCUACAUCUGACAGGCAUAUCAUUUGUGCAAAGGCUUGUAUCACUGCCUCUGCUCACUGUGACACCCGUGCGGUUCAGCUCCAAUUUGUGUCCAUCUCCUCCUCGUGGACCACGAACUUCACCCAGCAGAGCCAGUCCAGCACGCCAUCCUCAAAUCCACCCCAAACCUCUGCACCACACGACCAGGAACACACCAGGCAGUUUCCUGAAGAUCAGUCACAUUCAAUAAUGAUGGCCAGUGUCAACAUAAUGGCUUGUAUCUGAACCCAAGAACAGAUUAUUGAAAUGUCACAAAA